ACCAGAUGACAACAAAACAAGCCUACAGUGAGAGAGGCUGUUAGCUAGUUAGCUACUUCAGAUAAACAACGGCUGGUUGAGUCUCUGUGUUAUUUAACCAGGCGUAGAGCUUAACCCUUUACAAAUUCGCAAGAAUUUAGGCAACCUGUAUAACAAAUGAUGUUUGUCUGUCGGUGUCUUGGUUAAUCAAGCUGACAUUAGCUAAGUGGCUUGCCAGGCUACCUCUAAGUAUGCCCAGUUUUAACGGGUCAGUCAGCUAGCUCUGGUGCUAGCUCGUUAGCUAGCCACCUCGCCUUGGCGAAGACCGAGACAGAGAUGCGAGCAAAGUGAGGGCAGAGGUGCAUGACUAAUGAACGACAAAGGCAAGGUUGAAGAACUCUGGGAGAUUCACCAUGAAGCUGUAUGUGUUCCAGGUCAACAAUGGCAGCACAUUAACAUUUGACACCGAUCUUGCUGUCCAGACUGUACUGGAGCUUAAACAUGCCAUCUAUGCCAAAUAUAAAGUCGCAGUUCAGCAUCAGGUCCUUGUUGUCAAUGGAGGGGAAUGUAUGGCUGCAGACAGACGGGUCUGCAGUUACAGUGCUGGCACUGAAACCAACCCCAUAUUUCUGUUCAACAAAGAGAUGAUCUUAUCUGACCGUGAUCCGACAAUCCCAAAAACCACCUUCUCAAUUGAAAGUGAGAUUCAGGUUAAGGUGGAAGAGUCAUUACUGAUGCCAGCUGUUUUUCACACCGUUGCCUCACGAACACAACUUGCUCUGGAAAUGUUCGAAGUUGCCAAAAAACUUUGCUCCUUCUGUGAACGUUUGGUUCAUGAUGAGCAUCUCCAACAUCAAGGCUGGGCAGCCAUCAUGGCUAAUCUGGAGGACUGCACCCUGUCCUAUCAGAAGUUGCUCAUGAAGUUCAACACUGCAUACACAAAUUACCAACAGGACUUAGAAGAAAUUAAAAUUAAACUUUCAAAGUUAGGGACCUCGGUUUCUGUAAUGGCCAGGAUACCUCUGCUGGAAUGUUUGACGAGACACAGUUACAGAGAGAGCAUCGAGAAGUCCAGUUCAACUCCAGAGAAAGAUUCAGAUGAGACCGAAGAGGAAAAAUCCACAGACUCCGUCCUCUGUGCUACUCAAGCCCUGACAUCCUCUAAAUCAUCGCCACCCUCGUUUGCAACCGGGAACGCCCCAUGUGAGCCAGAGGGAGACCAGGAGACUAACAAAAUGACUGAGAGCGGUGGAUUGACAGCAGCACUUUUAGACGAUAACACUCCUGAACUCCCCUGCCAGUCUUCUUUCAACGUGACACUAUUGGACUGGAUCAACGUGCAAGACAGACCUAAUGACGUGGAAUCGGUGGUGAGGAAAUGCUUUGACUCCAUCAACAGGCUUGACCCUCGGAUUAUCCAGCCUUUCCUGGCAGAUUGCCGGGAUACAAUUGCAAAGCUAGAUAAUCAGAACAUGAAAUCCAUCAAAGGGCUUGAAGACAGGUUGUAUGCUCUAGACCAAAUGAUUGCAAGCUGUAAGAAGCUGGUGAAUGAGCAAAAAGAACUUGCUCAGGGUUUUUUGGCCAAUCAGAAGCGAGCUGAGAACCUGAAAGAUACAUCCGUUUUGCCUGACUUGUGUCUGAGUCACACAAACCAGCUGAUGAUUAUGCUGAACAACCACAGGAAGCUGCUAGACAUUAAGAAGAAGUGCACCACGGCCAAACAAGAGCUGGCAAACAACCUUCAAGUCAGACUCAAAUGGUGCUGCUACGUGAUGCUCCACGCAGAUCAGGACGGGGAAAAGCUUCAGGCUCUUCUGCGACUUCUGACUGAGUUAAUAGAGAGAGUGAGGGUGGUGGAUGCCCUCAGCACUGUGCCCCAGAUGUACUGCUUGGCGGUUGUGGAAGUUGUCAGGAGGAAGAUGUUUCUGCAACACUACAGAGAGUGGGCGGACGCCCUUGUUAAGGAUGGGAAACGAAUGUAUGAGGCGGAAAAGUUCAAAAGAGAAUCCUUUGGAAAACUCUUCAGGAAGUCUUUUCUCCGAAAUCGAUUGUUUAGAGGACUUGAUUCUUGGCCUCCAACUUCGUUUUGUACGCGUAAACCCAGAAGGUUUGAUGAUGAACUUCCAGACAUCUCACUUGAUGACCUGCAGUACUUGAAAUCGUGUUGUCCUGUUGAGGUGCAGCCUUUCCUAAUGAUUCCUGCCAUGUGUGACUUUGAGCCCUUAAAUCGCCAUGUAGAAACACUUCAUAAGCUGGUCCAAGCCGCGCAGAGUGUCGACGAAAUGUCUCGAACUAUCACUGAUCUAUUGAGUGAACAAAGGGCAUCCUGUAGUCAGAGCACUCAAAGAUCAACGGCACAAACUCCACAGGCUGAGAGCAGGCCUGGGACCACAACUCCAGUGCCCUCCAAAACACCUCUCUCACUUAGCCUUCAGGGACCAGGCUGCCAGCCCCUCCAUGUACCCGUGCCAGCUCCUUUAGAGGAUCUCUCCCCAGACAGCAUUGAUGCACAAACAUUUGAUUUUGAAACCAUAGGCCAUCCAAACAUGGAUCCUGUCCUGCAGCAGGGAUCCCUGGACUUGGAUUCUCUUGCUGAAAGCCCUGAAUCCGAUUUUAUGUCUGCUGUCAACGAGUUUGUGAUCGAAGAGAAUAUGACCUCCCCUAAUCCCAUCAGUGACCCCACUAGCCCUGAAAUGAUGGUAGAGUCGCUGUACUCCUCAGUUAUUAACGCCAUUGACAACAAGCGAAUGCAGGACACCACUACGCUGGAGAAGGAGAACUCAAGGAUUGCUAGCCUGAAAAAUGCUCUUGAACAGUACAGAUGCACUGCAGAGGAGUCCCACUCCAACCUAAGACGUGUAAAGGAUGACCUCCUUUACUUAAGAAGUUCAGUCUUAAAAGAACAGCAGGAUUUUGGGUUGGCACUGUGCAGCAUGGCCGCAGAAGUGCGCAGCACUGUUGAACAAAUUAGCCAGAGUCACAAAAUCGAGUCAAACGAGCAGCAUAAACAGGAGCUUCUCCUCGUUCGGCAGCAGCUGGAGAAGCAGGUUCAGGAGCUGACCCAAGAAAACCAAGUAAAUCAGAAUAUUGUGCGAGAUGUCCAACGUGCGAUGCUGGAGCUGGAGGGCCUUAUGGAGCGCAAAGAGAAAGAACUUACACAGCUGGAAAGCGAGAGGGAGCGAUGGAUUGAAAAAGAGAGAAACUUUGCUGAUAAGAUAAAAAAUCUUGAACAGCUCCACUGCGAUCAAACCGAAGAAAUCAAGACGCUUUCGACUUCAAAAGAUUCUCUGGCGACUCAGCUUGAAAACCUGCAUUUUGAGAUUGAACGGAGUCAGCAGAAAAUCAGACAGGAGUUAGAAGCUGUGUCUCAGUGCCAUUUAAAAGAGUUGGAGGAUAAACUGGUGCAGGAGCACAAAAAAGAGCUAGAUAGCCUGAAUAAAAAUAAUAAGGAAGCGCUGGAACAUCUCACUGAGGAAAAUAGUACAAAAUUAACCGAGGCAGCUGAUCACCACGCUAGCGCCAUUAAAGACAAGGACAGUCAGAUCAAAGAAAUGGAAGCUCGGCUGACGGAGCUUGCAGAACUCCGUUGUCGACUAGAGGUAGAGCUGGCCCUCAAAGAGUCUGAGACAGAGGAGGUGAGGAUCUUAUUCGAAGAAGCCAAGAUGCAACAGGCAGAAGCUGUAAAAAACCAAGUGGAGGCUGAGACCAAAGUGCUUAGAGAUGAGCUGACAGAUCUCAAGAGGAAGCUUGAAGCUAAAAACGAGGAGUAUGAAGUGGACCUAGCAGAGCUGAGGACUCUGAUGAGGAUUGAAAAGGACCACUGCAUCUCAGAGCUGGUGGACAGACAUGAGGAAGAGGCUCUUAUGUUGCACGGCAAAAUCUCCGCCCUACAGCAGCACUCCCAGGAUCUUAAUAAAUAUCACGAACAGCAACAGGAGACGCUUAGAGAGGAGCUUGCUGCCCUGAGCGAAGACAAAGAAAAGCAGUUCAGGAGUUUCCAGGAGCUUGAGCAGGAGUUGAGGACUGUUAUCAAAAAUUUGCAGGCAGAAAAUGAUCUGCUCUCUAAAAACCUCGAACAGGAAAGACGUGCAGCUCAGAAGGAGGAAGCCUCGAAUGUUGUAUCAAUGGAGGCCUUUAAAGAGUUAGAGCAGCAGAAGGAGGAGAUGGAGAAGAGACUUCUGGAAAAAAAUAGGCAACUUGAGAAUGAGCUUCAUGAGAAGAAGCUUUCUGAAAGUGAGGAAGGGAUGCCGCUGCAUGCUGAGGACCGUGCAGGUGCUGCAGCACCUCUGUCUCUAGACUCAGCCUUACAGGAGCGCCUGCAGCAGGAGAGGGCAUCCCUGCAGUCCCAGAUUGAGCUGUUGGAGAAGCAAAAAAAGGAAGAGAUUCAGAACCUGAAAACAUCACUAAUCGCAGAGCAGCAGACAAACUUCAACACCGUUCUAACAAGAGAAAAGUUGAAGAAGGAGCAGAUCAUCAACGACCUCACAGAGAAGUUACGAAAAGUUACCCAGCAGCAAGAAAAGGACAAAGCUCUGAUAGAGACGCUGUCUGAGGACCGAGCAAGUAUGAUGCAGGAGAAAAAACAACUGGAGGAAGAGCUCAACCGCCUGCGCAACUCUGCACUGGUCUCUUCAGCCUUCUUCCCGUCCAACUCUGCCCAAGACCUCUCAGAGGCUGGAGCAGCAGGAAGAGCUCUGCCUAUUGCAGGGGCCUGUUCACCAGAGACGCCUGCAGAAAUGGACCGACUAGCCCCUGUAGCAACAUUCAGAGAUGAUGAACAUGUCGAUUCAGCAGUAGAAGCAAGCUUGGUCGCUGCUGAUGACACCAUGAUGUCUGAAGAGAAGCAGCGGAUAAUGUUGCUUGAGAGGACUUUGCACAUGAAGGAAGAAGAAAAUAAGCGCCUCAGCCAACGACUGAUGUCUCAAAGCAUGUCCUCUAUGUCGUCUCGCCAUUCAGACAAAAUCGCCAUCAGAGAUUUCCAGGUCGGCGAUUUGGUUCUAAUCAUCCUUGAUGAAAGGCAUGACAACUACGUGCUCUUCACUGUUGGUCCCACCCUCUACUUUCUGCACUCAGAAUCUCUCACUGCGCUGGACCUUAAACCGGCAUCAGGGACCUCAAGACGGCCGUGGGUACUUGGAAAGGUGAUGGAAAAGGAAUAUUGCCAGGCAAAAAAGGCCCAAAACAGGUUCAAGGUUCCUUUAGGUACCAAGUUCUACAGAGUGAAAGCCGUUCCAUGGAACAGAAAAGUCUAAUAGCCAAGUAAUGAGCUAAAAUGUAUAUUUAUUUUAGGUUUUGAACAGAAAUGUCUUAAUUGAUAACUUUAACAUCUAAAGACAAUUUGAAGAUCAUCUUGCAACAUCAUUUUUUUGUGUGUGUUUAAGUUCAGAAUCUCAUAUUCUAUCAUGUUUUUGUUAUUUUAAGUCCAGAUUUUAUUUUUUUGGUGGACCAAAUGCUAAUAACCUAAUUGGGGCAUAGCCCUGUACACUGUGGCAUUAUGCCCUCUGACUUGUGUGUGAAAUUGAACAAAAUUUGGAUGCUAAAUAUUAGUUCUCAUUAUCAGCAUUAGUCCUCUUGUGGAAAAUACUGUCAUUAUCAGCAUAAUUAAAUAAAAAUAUACAUUCAUUAUUAAUGUUAAUGGAGGAAUGUUCAUGGCAUGUGUAUUGAAAUAUUUUCUUUGAUUUACCUAACAGAUAAAUGUUGUAGUUGGAAAUGUAGUUAAUGCUGUAUGUUACUCACAAUCAGUAUGGCUUUCUGUCAAUACUGACAUGUAUAUUAUGACUGCGCGACUGACUGAAGGAAAGCAGUCAUCUUUGCAAUCCUUGAAAUGCACUUUGAAAAACAAUGCUUUUGUUAAUUUGAAAAGGGAAGUUAAUUGAGCUGUCAGAACUAAGUAAAUACUCAGCACAAACUUCUCAUUAUCAUAGAUUAUGGCUAUGUAGAAAGGAAAACAUUGUGACUGUGUUUCAUUAUCGGGAGACAUUGUAUAUUACCCAUAAAAUCACAUGUAACAAAAACUGACUGUAUUGUAAAGGAUAGAGUUUUGAAACAAUAAAGGAAUGAU